AUGAGUGGAUGUCGAGAGGUCGCAGACCAAAGCACGAGAAACCUUCCGACGGAGAUUGAGAAGGACAGCAAGCAUCUUCACCAAAAUCGGCCUCACAUGCCGGAAGGGGAGGUGACGGAGCGGAGAAUGGAAAACGGAAAGAGAAAAAGGGAGAGGAAUACGGCGGCGGCGGUCUCUGCUGCUGGAAAUGAACGAAUUAGGGCUUCGCACAUACUGCUGAAGCACGAGGAAUCGCGGAGGAAGAGCUCAUGGAAGGAUCCUGAGGGACGACUUAUCAGCAUCACUACCAAGGCGAAGGCGGCUGAGCAGCUCAGGGAGUUGAGGGAGGAGGUCGCUGCCGGCAGGUCUCUGUUUGAGGAUGUCGCCGCCCGGCAUUCUCAUUGCGCCAAACGUGGCGGAGAUUUAGGUAUGAUUCGGAGCUUUGAUUUUGAUGGUUGGGGAGUGAGGGAGUGA